AUGGAAAUUGGUGUAGAAAAUGGUCGAACUUUAGAUGAGCAAUAUGAUAGUUCAGCACAAUGUGAUUAUCUAUCAUUUACAGAUGAAUUUCCUAACGAUUAUGAUCCAAAUUUAGAAUUUGCAUCAUUUUUCUCUGAUGUCGACCUAAAUUCUGACAUAAAUUUGUCGGAUACGUCAUGUUAUUCGUCAUUUGAUUCUGUGCAAACACCAUCUAGAACAUCAGCACCUUGGUCUCCUCCACCAUCUGAAAACGGACAAUGUUAUAACUAUUCGCAGACUGGCAACAACGAUUCAUUUAUUGCUUCUGAAACGGUACCCGGAUUGACCAGCACUGAACAAAACGAUGUUCAUCCUUGGCAGGAUAUCAACCUAAGUUAUGCUGACGACAGUCUACUUUUUGAUUCUGAACUCUAA